AUAAUGUUGGGACAUGGAAUGGAGGUGAAGAAUGGGAGAAAAGCAGUAGAAUUGGGGGAAAAGUUACUGAAAUUUCAGUUUUAAAACUGCAAAUUUGCAGUUGAAAGUUGUAAAACUACCGCAAGUGAAAUUGUCAGCUCUCUCUCUCCCUCUCUCUUUCACUAGAGAGUUCAGGUGCUCCGACUUUGAUGUGCUGGCGACUUUUUUGUUUUUGUUCAAAUUUAAGGUUCGAUAGUCAUGGAUUUGCCUCUUCAGGACUCAUCAGACGACGUAACAUCCUUUGCAUCCAAGAGCGAAUACUAUACUGAAGAUGAUUUUCUGGACGGCUUUUCUUAUUGUCAUGGGCUUGAUAUGUUGGAGGAAGAUGCUUUGAAUGAGAAAUCUUGUAUGCAAGUGCUAAAGAUAUGGAUUGACAAAGCAAAUGAAGAUAUUGUAAAACUUGAAGAAGAUAUAUUGAUGCUUCAGCGCCAACUGGUUUGGGAUGAUGAGAAGUGGUCUAAACAAUGCUCUGCUGCUCUGAGAGAAAAGAUUGAUCAACUUGCUAUUUUGAUAGAACGCUUGAAGAAGGACAGUAGAGAAAAUGGCCUCCAUUUGAAAACCGAGGAACUGCCACCAAGAUUACAUGAUCUGAAGCCUUUGCUGGAAAAUUACUUAGCAAAGAGUGAGCAAACAGAAACCAGUAUGAUACAGAUGCCUGUCUCACCUACUGUUGAACUCAUCAACAAGAAAAUAGAAGAGAAUUCAGGCACCAUCAUGCUCAAAACCUAUGAGAGAAAGAGCAAGUCCACGGAGCUUGAAGAGAGGAAAAUAUGCCCUCUCCAACAAAAGAAAGACGCAGUUAUCAGAAACUUUGAUGCAAGUGGCGACAUGUGUACAAACGAUGAGGUCUCCAAAAAGGUUAUAAGCAAGCCAAACACACUAGAACCAAGGAGAAUGCUAAAUUUGGUUCACGUAAAGUUAGAGCCAGCUGAUCCCAUGGUGAAGGAAUCAAGUGCAAGCACGUCUAUAGAGAAAGUUCAUCCAAGAGAAAAUCCAGAGACGAGAAACAACGAUAACAAGGCUAUAACCGAGGCAAAAGCCAUGCAAGGCAGGAUUCAACAUGAAAUCAAGGUGGAUCCUGGGAAAGCAAGAACCGAAGAAGCUUCAAAUAAGGUACAGGAAGCAAGGGUUCUCUCCAUGGAGCCUUCGGUGAAAACGAAAGGAAGAAAUACAAAAAUUUUACAAACACAAGAAGCAGUGAAGGAUCUAGCAACAGAAAUGAAGAAUUCCCCCUGCUCAUUGAAUGACAUUACUGAACAAGUGAAAAGGCCAAGAAUGGAGUUGGAGCAUCAAAUUCAAGUGCAACAGAAGAUAUGCAAUGAAUGCCAACAAAUUCUUAAAAACCCAGCAGAGCAUGAAGAUCACUUAAUGGGACAGAAGAAAGAUGGAGUUUUGGAGAAAGAAACUGAGCAGCAGGUGAGUAAGAACGAUGUAGCUGGCCCAUCAGAAGGCACUGCAGCUUCGAAUUUGUUGCCACAAGAGGCGAGGAAACUGCCUCUCAGUUCACAAACCACAAGCAAGAAAGGAGGUCUCAAGAGGUCUCUGGUGAAACAGGCUAAGACGGAGCGUGAUGCCUCCAAUAGCACAGCUGAGGAAGCCACAGAUGGGGUGAAGAACGUGCCCCAGAUUCCGUCUCCAUGCAUCAAGGAUAAGGAGAAAUUAUUGCUUUCCGAUCUCAGGGCCAUUGCAAAGAGUCAAAACUUGCACGGCUACUAUAGACUUAGGAAGGAUCAGCUGCAAAAACUUCUUGGACUGGAAUAAUUGUUACUUUGGCUUCCAUCUGUAAAUACUGUCUAAGUACUGAUCAUGACUCAUAGGAGAAGGAUAAAAAAGGUGCUUUUCAAACUCGACUGUGGAUCCGACACUAAGGCAGAGAAGGCGAUUGAUAUAUAGUAAUUUUGUACAUGGAAAGUCUAUUACUGCAACUUAUAGUUGAGCUCAUGAGCUCAAAAUUGACUCCAAUACGUGCAAUAUAGCUCAGGAAUUUGCAUUUU